AUGGAAAACGAUCCAAAAACUUGUGCUGACUUCUUGUAUCAUGCUAUAUCUUUUGAACAAGUAGCUUUGUUUGAACUACAGAAAGAGGCUCAAGCUAUCUAUUUGCCACCUCAGCGACGAUGGCCCACACACCAACGACCACAAGAGCAGAUACGUUCAGAUACCGCUCAAACUCAUCCAACGCCAGCUGCUCUACAACAGGCAGUUACUUCUCAACCUGCAGUUCCAGUGUCCAAUGCACAAAAACCACUGAGUAAAGGACAAGUAUUUGAAAAUUCCAAUAAUCGCGGCUCAUAUUCACACUAUUCGGGUUGUCAUAUUUGUGGGUCACUUGAACACUAUGCCCGAAACUGCCGUGAACGACAGGAUUUCGAGCAGUGGCGUCAUUGA